GUCCUUGUUGGGGUAGGUUUCUUUUGUGUUGACAAAUGAAUAGAACAGCUAGGUGAGAAAAUAAAAUAGAAUGGAGAUGACUAAAGCAUCUUAACUCUUUUGUAUUUUAAAUCUCUAAAUUUGACUCUUGCCUUUCCCUCCUUUUUCUUCAAUAUCAAGAGCAGAAAUGUGGUUCAAGAACAGAAAUGUUGUGUGAAGAAUUUGGUUUGAAUGAUGCCAUAAAUCUUCAUGGCAAAGAGAAAGAGCUGGUUUGUAUGGGUGAAAAGGCUAUUCACUUCUGAGCCAAAGGACAACAAAAAGGCAAACAAAUGGGGGUGGAGUUUUGGAAGGAUCAAGCAGAGACAGUAUCCUACAAUUACAGCUCCAAAUAUAACAUUGAUUGAGGCAAGUGCAGAACAGAGAAAGCAUGCUUUAACUGUGGCUAUUGCAACUGCAGCAGCUGCUGAAGCUGCAGUUGCUGCUGCACAUGCUGCUGCUGAGGUUGUCAAGCUCACAGGUGCUUCUCGUUCUCACUCAUAUCUUUCCAAGGGAGACAGAAGUUUAGCUGCCAUCAAGAUCCAAAGCGCAUACCGUGCACAUCUUGCCAGGAAAGCAUUAAGAGCAUUGAAGGGAGUAAUAAGACUGCAAGCCAUAAUUCGUGGACAAGCUGUGAGACGUCAAGUGUCAAACACUAUACAGAAUUUUCACUCCAGUGCAAGAAAUCAAGUGGAAAUUCUUGAAAGAAGUAGCCAUACGGCUGAACAUACCAAGCAAAAUCCAAAGCAAAAGAAAAAGUUAGAAGACAAGGAGCUGAAGUCUGAAUGCGAUAGCCAAAGAACAUGGGAUUGUAGCUUGCUCUCUAGAGAAGACAUUGAAGCUAUAUUGUACAGAAAACAAGAGGCCAUGGUCAAAAGAGAGCGUAUGAAACAGUACUCUUCUUCACAAAGGGAGAGAAAAAAUCCACAGAUGGUGGAAGAAUCUAUGCAGAACAUGAAGUUUGGAAGAGAGAGUUGUCGAACACUUGGGGAGUGGCUGCAUAAAGAAACAUGUGAUUUGAAUAUGAUGUAUAAGCCAAUAACUCUUCCUUCAAACUUGAUGACAGCAAAACAAGAAUGGCAAGAAGGGUUGAGUCCACAUAUUUCAAUCCCAAGGAAAUCAUUUUCUCUUGUAAAAAGAAGUUCAAAUGGGGAUGAAAAUUCGAUGUCAAACUCUCCAGUUUUCCCUACAUACAUGGCUGUUACUGAAUCCAGCAAAGCAAAGAUGAGGUCUGUUAGCACACCAAAGCAGAGAACAGGAAUUCUUGACAUAUGCUCCAAUCACAAUGAAGGAAUUUCCUUUUACUCUUCUUGUUAUGGUGAAAGUAGCAGCACCAAUGAAAACCAUGCAAGUUACCAACAAAGAUGCUAGAGUGAAAAUGGCCUUUUGUCAUCACUGUAAGAUGUAAAAUCUGGUUCAAUGCAUCAUCAUCUGCUGAAGGGAAAACUAAGCUUAUUUGAUGUUUGGUCCUUCUCAUACAUGUAUGGAGUGCUUUAUCUGACUGUUACAUAUAUUUUUUUUUUCUGGUUUUGAGGAUGAGAAAUUGUCACUACUUACUAUUGAAAAUGGUAUACAUCUUUUACUUUUCA